AUGUCAGCUUCGCGGAAUGUCUUGUUUCUCACAAACAGUGAGCUCGGUCAAGCCAAUGUGACACUCGCAGUUGCAGAGGAAUUCCUACACCGCAACGAAUUUUCUGUACACAUUGCCUCCUUCAGCCCACUCGCACCAUUGGUAAAAGAGUUGAACCAGCGUCUUCCGUGUCCAGAGCCCGCGAAAUUCCACCAAAUACAAGGGCCAUGUAUGGAGGAUCUUGCCGUUCGCAGUACCGUCGGGCUUAUACACCAUAGACCGGGGAUUGUCGGCACGGUCGAGGGUUUUCAAAAGGUCUGUAUGGCGAUAUCUAGUUGGACACUUUUCGAAUAUGGAAAGGCGUACCAGAGCUGUGUCGAAAUUUUGAAUAAGCUCCAUCCUGCAGUGGUGGUUGUGGAUCCGAUACUUCAUGUUGGCUUGAGUGCGUGCCAGAGCGUUGGUUCUCGUAUUGCUGUUCUUUGGCCGGUGCCACUCAAGGAUGUUGUGGUAUUAAAUCAGCCCAAUGCUGGGGUCUUAUGGAAAUAUCCCAUGACUGGGUCGGGGUAUCCAUAUCCAUUGCCGUGGACACUGAUACUGCCAAAUGCGUAUCUAGCGCUUCGUGCAGCCUUGGCAAUGAAUACGAGAAACCCUUCUCCAGAAACGCUGGCAUUGGAAAAAGGACCACAAGGACGGAGCCCUUUUCCUCUAGUGAGCCCCUAUCAGAAGGACUCGUUGCAUUUGACUCCCGCGUUUCGGGAAAUGGACUUCCCCUUGCAUAUACCGGAGAACGUCGUUACUUGUGGGCCAAUUCUCCGGUCUCAUCAAUCACUUUCAGAUAAAGACCCAGCGAUGGCAGCAUGGCUCACAAAACCUACAAUUCUCAUUAGCCUCGGAUCACAUGUGAAACCCACGGAAGAUGUUGCUGUCAAGAUGGCAAAAGCAAUACAGAGUGUACUCAGCAAUCACGCUGACCAUCAAGUUCUAUGGAAACUACGUUAUGACUGGAAAAACUCGGUGGCUUUUCAAAAUAUUCUCGGGACUGCAAUAGAUUCUGGGUCUGCGAGGAUAGUGCCUUGGAUCUAUGCCGAUAUUAUUGCCAUUCUUGAAACAGGUAAUAUUGCGGUUUAUGUUCAUCACGGAGGAGCAAAUUCAUACUUUGAAGCUUGCAAGUAUGUCAACCUGACUUUGACCCCAAACUCCAGAAACAAGGCAUUACUCAUUCGUUGCGUUCUUCCUAGAGUUGGCACCCCCCAGGUCAUUCUUCCUCAAUGGCUUGAUACAUACGACUGUGCGACGAGAGUCGAGUGGUUGGGAAUAGGAGUUCAUGGAAGUCGAAAGACAGCCCCCGGUAUCGAUGCUACGGAACUUUCGCACGCAAUAGAGACAGUACUGCGGGAUGGAGAUAUCCACAUCAGAGCUGCUGCCAUGCGAGAUAUUUGUAAGACAACGGAAGGACGUAUUUUGGCCCAUAACAGGAUUGCAAAUUUCGCUCUUUGA